GCUCAGCGAGAGCUCCACACGAUGACAAGCGACUGACGUUUGUUUCUACUCAAGUCAGGAAAUUUGUUUUGAUAGGCAGCGGCUGUUGACACAUCGUUCAGAAUGACACUGGAAGUACUGCUCAGCUUCCUGUGCUGUCUCUCAGCGGUGACUUCAGCAAAUCUUCCUCAUAGUCGUCCUCCUCCACUGCUGCUUGUGUCAUUCGAUGGAUUCCGGGCAGACUACCUGCACCGGUUUCCUAUGCCAAACCUGAAGCGCCUGUAUGGCCAGGGGGUCCUGGUGGAGCAGCUGACCAACGUGUUCACCACAAAGACUUUUCCUAACCACUACAGUCUGGUGACUGGCUUAUAUGCGGAGUCUCAUGGCAUUGUGGCCAGCAACAUGUACGACCCGGUCAGUCACAAGCAUUUCACAGUCAGCAACCACUCUGACCCGUCAUGGUGGCAGAAGGCGAAGCCUCUAUGGAUCUCUGCGCUGGACUCUGGCUACACGACAGCAGCCAUGAUGUGGCCUGGCUCAGACAUGCCUUUUGGCGACAGGAGACCGACGCAUUUUUCCACCUACGACAGUCACAUGAGUUUUCGUGACAGACUUGACAAAGUUUUAGGCUGGAUGCUGGGAACCGAAAAGGAGCAGGGCGUCAUCUUUGCUGCGGUCUACUAUGAAGAACCUGAUAGGUCCGGUCACAUCUUUGGUCCAGAGGAUGACGUUGCAAUGGGGAAAGCGCUGAAGGAGGUUGAUGACCAUGUUGGUCUUUUGAUAUCGGAGCUGGAACGAAUUGGGCUGUGGGGCAGCGUGAACCUUGUCAUCACAAGUGACCAUGGCAUGGCCCAGUGUGAUCCCAGCAGACUUAUCCGGCUGGACGACUGCCUACAUCCAGAUAAUUACACUCUCGUGGAUCUUACUCCCGUUACAGCGCUCAUCCCAAAUGGAGAUAUAGAUGCUGUGUUUGCCAUGGUGAAUGGCUGCCACCCAAACAUGACAGCCUAUCUAAAGAAGGACAUCCCUGAUCGACUACAUUACCGCAACAGCAUUCUCAUCCAACCCAUCAUUUUGAUUGCUGACGUGGGCUGGACUACUAUCCUGCGUGGGAACAAGCUGCCAAGAUUGGGCGAUCAUGGUUAUGACAACUCCAUUCCCAGCAUGCACCCCUUCCUGGCAGCUGUUGGACCAAGUUUCCGCCGGGGCCAUCGUAUCAGUAGUCUUCAGUCGGUGGAUGUGUACCCACUUAUGUGUCACCUGCUGUCCGUGCCCCCGCAGCCCAACAAUGGCACCCUGGUUAGGGCACGCUGCCUUCUGUCUUCUGAGUCCUGCAGCCACAUCACGUCAACGGUCCUUCUCGUCGUGGGGGUUCUGCUAUUGCUCACCACCCUUUUUGUUUUGUUCUGGACAGCAGGGCGCUGUCAUCCAUCACAGAUCUUUCAGAGAUGGCGAAAUGCUGACCGGGAGUCUUUAUUACAGUAAAGACCUUUUCUCUAUCUUAUUUAUGCUUCGACAAAUUUUGCACUGUAUGGAGAGGAGCUAAUGCCAUUAUUUAAAAUCUGACAAGACUUGAACAUCUAACUUGAGCACGAUUUUGCGAGAGAUAUUUCCUUACAUCAUUGGCUUGAAUGUGUGCUCAAGUCUGUUUUUGUGCUCAAGUCUGCGUUUGUAUUUGUAGUUUGCUUCUAUGCCACCAGAUAGAGCUGUUGUUCUGAUUGCGAUGGGUCUUUGCCAUAAACUGAUGUUUUCAGUAGAAAAGUUUGAUUCAUUUUCUUCUCAUAACGGCGCCCCGGAGGUGCUGAACACUGUCCCAGCUACUUGGAAUGCAUUACAGUGGCAGGUUCAAAUCUAGUUAGAGGCCUUUCACACCGACACGGUGCUGUUCUGGACUCGCAGAACCUCGGUCAUAUCUAUCGAGCCAACCGAUGUUCACACAGGUUUAAGCGGAAAUGAAGUGGGAAGACUCUAAAAAGUCUCACUCAGGUGGAAGUGAACAAUGCUCUGGCAGAAUGACAGUCACUCACCCAACUGAAGUGAGAGGCUUGGUCUUACCUGCUCACUGUCUCACGAAUUUCUAGCUGAAUGACUGUAUGUGUGAUAAGUAUUACCACAAUGGGCUCUACAAAACUCAAAUAUUCAGAGACUCUUGCACUCCAGGUCAUGCAACUUUGUGGUAGUAUUGUGAUAAGAGUUCAGUCACGCAUAAAAAAAAGAAAAAAGAGCAGUCACGUAGAUCAAAGAUUGCCGGUUGGCGUCCAGCUGAUUUUCUUUAUGCAUUCAUUUUCAAUUAAAAUGAAUGAAUUUUCCAGUGAGUGAGCUUUUCCCUGCACUGUGUCUGUCUGGAAUGGGCUCCAGCCUGCUCCCCUGAGGGAGUUGAAGUCGAUUUUUUUUACAAUCAGUUUAACUCUUUUUAUGUUUUAUUGAAAAUUGAGACUUAAAUCACAUUUAUAAUUAAUCAUCUUUUUUCUAAAUUAACUAUACAAAUUGCUUCUAUAUUCAGUUGUGUUGCUUGUUUUUGUCUGAAAGGUUACUGAAUGACACUGCAGCACUGUGAACCAAUCAAUGUUGAUGUUUGUGUGUUCUAAGAUCAUAGCAAGAGAGAGAAAGAGAAACAGAAUGUUUCAAUAUAGAAUAUUUAAUCUUCUUCAUGUGUGUUUUUAAGGACUUAUCUUCACGAAAAAAUAUGAGAUUGCACUUGCCAGAUAUUACAUUGUAAUUUUAAAAUGUGUGCAUAGGUGUGAUCCAUAUUUCUUUUCAUGUAUUAUAUGCAAAUAAAUAAUGGUGAAAAACAUGUGUGAAUGUUGUUUUAAAAAAAAGGGAACCGGGACAAAGGAAAUCGACACACAUUUAGAAAAAUCAAUUUAUAUCUUGUUAUAUUUUUUUCUUCC